AUGCCUUUCAUCAGACUCUGUAAUGUUGGCAAAGUGCCAGGCUAUCCCGGCGAUCUUGGGCGGAACUCUUGUUUAGGUCUGGGUAGUUGCUUGAUGCGCUCGCUACAACGUUCCGCCGUGGUACCCGUUGUCGUUCUCCGACAAAAUUCUCCCGAAGCGGAAGAGUUCUGUCCUGCUCCUGUGGCGUCGCCAUGGGGAGAGAUCACAUUCUCCACAACAUCAAAUCCGAAAGGCUUUGCACCGGGGACAACCGCGGCGCUUCGAUGCACGUUUGGUCGACACAUUGUAGGCCCGUCGUUCUCCACCUGCUCGCGUGGAGUAUUCCGACCUCUUCUUGGAAAAUGUUCUGAUGGCAGAGAGGGCACUACACCAGGAGUUUGCCUACCGUUGACACCACCUUCCAAUGGAAUGAUCACCUACAUCCAAGCAGGAAGGCAAGAGAAUUUCGAGGUCGGGACGACGGCCCUGCUUUACUGUUUGGCAUCACAUGCGGUAACCGGACAGGCUACGGUAGUCUGUUCCAAGGAAGGUUGGCAACCGUCCAGUGGGCUCGGAACAUGUGAUCCAACAGAGCGCCAGAGUUAG